AUGGCUAUAACGCCAUUGGAUUGGUAUUGCCAGCCAGUGAAGAAUGGGGUGUGGUCAACAGCGGUGGAGAAUGCAUUUGGAGUUUACACCCCAUGUGUAACAGACUCUCUGGUCAUAUCUAUUUCUCAUCUUGUGAUUUUGGUGCUGUGCCUAUACCGAAUAUGGAAGAUAAAGAAAGACUUCACGGUCCAGAGGUUCUGUUUAAAGUCGAAAUACUACAACUAUGUGUUGGGUUUGCUGGCUGCUUAUUGCACCGGUGUACCCUUAUAUAGAUUGGUCAUGCGAAUCUCUGCCUUAAAUGUUGAUGGGCAGACUGGUAUCGCUCCAUAUGAGAUAAUUUCCUUAACCAUUGAAGCUCUUGCAUGGUUCUCUAUGGUGGUGAUGAUUGGCAUUGAAACAAAAGUCUACAUCCGAGAGACUCGGUGGUUUGUUAGGUUUGGAGUAAUUUAUGCAUUGGUAGGGGACGCUGUGAUGUUCAACCUCAUAAUGGCUGUUGCAGAGUUUUACAGUAGGUCUGUACUGUAUUUGUACAUCAGUGAGGUUGCUGUCCAGGCAUUGUUUGGAAUGCUCUUGCUCUUUUAUGCCCCUGAUUUGGAUCCCUAUCCGGGCUACUCUCCAGUGCGAACUGAAUCUAUUGAUAACACUGCAUAUGAAGAACUUCCUGAAGCAGAACAGAUUUGUCCUGAGAGGCAAGCCAACAUACUCUCAGCAAUAACUUUUGCAUGGAUGAACCCACUUAUGCAACUAGGUUAUAAGAGACCUCUCACAGAAAAGGAUGUCUGGAAACUGGACACAUGGGAUAGGACAGAAACACUCAACGAUGCGUUUCAGAAGUGUUGGGCUGAGGAAUCUCAAAGACCUCGACCAUGGCUUUUGAGAGCAUUAAAUAGUAGCCUUGGGGGGAGGUUUUGGUGGGGUGGAUUCUGGAAGAUUUUCAACGAUCUCUCCCAGUUUGUUGGGCCACUUAUACUGAAUGAGCUCUUACAGUCUAUGCAAAACGGAGAUCCAGCAUGGAUAGGGUACAUCUAUGCAUUUGGAAUUUUCCUGGGAGUGGUAUUUGGUGUGCUGUGCGAAGCUCAGUAUUUUCAGAAUGUCAUGCGUGUUGGAUAUCGCUUGCGCUCAACUCUGGUUGCUGCAGUUUUUCGUAAGUCCUUGAGGCUAACCCAUGAGAGUCGAAAGAAGUUUGCAACUGGAAAGAUAACCAACUUAAUGACAACUGAUGCUGAAUCUCUUCAGCAAAUAUGUCAAUCCCUUCACACUUUAUGGUCAGCCCCUUUUAGGAUUGUUAUUGCCUUGGUGCUUCUAUACGAGCAGUUGGGGGUUGCAUCCCUGCUUGGCGCUAUUAUGCUUGCUCUCAUGUUCCCCCUUCAGACUUUUGUCAUAAGCAAGAUGCAGAGAAUGACAAAAGAAGGAUUACAGCGAACAGAUAAGAGAAUUGGGCUGAUGAAUGAAAUAUUGGCUGCAAUGGACACAGUCAAAUCUUAUGCAUGGGAGGAAAGCUUCCAAUCAAAGGUUCAGGGAGUUCGGAAUGAGGAACUCAAUUGGUUUCGUCAAGCACAGAUGCUAGGAGCAUUGAACAUGUUCCUCUUGAAUAGUAUUCCAGUUUUUGUGAUUGUGAUCUCAUUUGGGGUGUUCACUUUACUUGGAGGGGAUCUAACACCAGCAAGGGCAUUUACAUCUCUCUCCUUGUUUUCAGUGCUGCGAUUUCCACUCUUCAUGCUGCCUAAUAUUAUUACACAGGUAGUUAAUGCAAAUGUGUCCUUGAAACGUUUAGAGGAGCUUCUCUUAGCUGAAGAUAGAAUACUGCUACCUAAUCCACCUCUUGAGCCUGGACUUCCAGCCAUCUCUAUCAAGAACGGAAGCUUUUCAUGGGAAUCAAAGGCAGAGAAACCAACAUUAUCAAAUAUCAAUUUGGACAUUCCAAUUGGUAGCUUAGUAGCAGUUGUUGGUGGGACUGGAGAAGGCAAGACAUCGCUCAUCUCUGCAAUGCUUGGGGAGGUUCCUGCAGUUACAGAUGCAAGCGUUGCCAUCAGAGGAACAGUUGCAUAUGUACCGCAAAUAUCUUGGAUUUUCAAUGCAACAGUGCGUGACAACAUACUAUUCGGUUCUCAAUUUGAACGUGCAAGAUAUGACAAGGCAAUUGAUGUGACUGCAUUAGAACAUGACCUUGAAUUGCUUCCUGGUGGUGAUCUUACUGAAAUUGGUGAAAGGGGAGUCAACAUUAGCGGGGGGCAGAAGCAAAGAGUGUCCAUGGCUAGAGCUGUCUAUUCUAAUUCCGAUGUUUACAUAUUUGAUGAUCCUUUAAGUGCACUGGAUGCUGAUGUGGGCCGUCAGGUUUUCGAGAAAUGCAUCAGGGGAGAAUUACGAGGCAGGACGAGAGUUCUAGUUACAAACCAGCUGCAUUUUCUUUCACAAGUAGACCGAAUUAUAGUAGUCCAUGAUGGUACAGUGAAAGAGGAAGGUACCUUUGAAUAUCUCUCGAACAAUGGUGCGAUAUUUCAGAGACUGAUGGAAAACGCGGGAAAAAUGGAGGAGUAUGCAGAUGAUAAUAAUGAAUUCAUUGACAUGGUUGGUGACAAAACCUCAAAGCCUGUUAAUGGUGAGACAAAUGCGUCAUCUAAAGAUGCGGGUGAAACAAAUAAAAAGAAGGAAGGAAAAUCCAUUCUUAUUAAACAGGAAGAGCGGGAAACAGGUGUCGUGAGCUGGAACGUUUUAGCAAGGUACAAGAAUGCGUUGGGAGGUGCCUGGGCCGUUUUAAUACUAUUAAUGUGCUAUGUCUCAACAGAAGUUCUUCGGGUUGCAAGCAGUAUGUGGUUAAGCUUUUGGACUGAUGAAAGCAGUUCAACAAGAUAUAGUUCGGGUUUCUACAAUCUGAUCUAUUCGGUUCUAUCAUUUGCUCAAGUUUUCGUAACACUCGUCAAUUCCUUUUGGCUGAUCACGUCGAGCCUUGCUGCUGCCAGAAGGUUGCAUGAUGCUAUGUUGAACUCGAUUUUAAGGGCUCCAAUGGUCUUCUUUCACACAAAUCCACUCGGAAGGAUUAUCAAUAGGUUCGCUAAGGAUCUGGGUGACAUAGAUCGCAAUGUUGCUCCAUUUGCCAAUAUGUUUAUGGGCCAAAUCGCUCAACUUCUUUCAACAUUCGUGCUAAUUGGUAUUGUUAGCACAAUGUCGCUAUGGGUCAUACUGCCACUUCUAGUUUUGUUCUAUGGCGCCUACUUGUAUUAUCAGAGCACUGCCCGUGAAGUGAAGCGUCUGGAUUCAAUCUCCAGAUCUCCCGUGUAUGCACAAUUUGGAGAAGCGCUGAACGGUCUCCCAACAAUCCGGGCAUAUAAAGCUUAUGACAGAAUGGCGAUGAUCAACGGGAAUUCCAUGGAUAAUAACAUUAGAUACACUCUCGUGACAAUGAGUGGAAAUCGUUGGCUUGCAAUCCGUCUCGAGACUUUAGGAGGCAUCAUGAUUUGGCUUACUGCAACGUUUGCUGUGAUGCAGAACGGAAGGGCAGAAAACCAGGAGGCGUUUGCCUCUACCAUGGGUUUGCUUCUCAGUUACGCUUUAAAUAUUACGUCCUUAUUAACUGCUGUUCUGAGACUCGCGAGUUUGGCUGAGAAUAGUUUGAAUGCUGUCGAGCGAGUUGGCACGUACAUUGAUUUGCCUUCAGAAGGGCCCGCCAUUAUUGAAAGCAAUCGCCCUCCUCCUGCGUGGCCUUCAGCAGGAUCUGUUCAGUUUGAAAACGUUGUCUUACGUUACAGGCCCGAGCUUCCUCCUGUUCUGCACGGUAUAUCGUUUACAAUCUCCCCGAGUGAUAAGGUUGGAGUAGUCGGGAGAACAGGAGCAGGAAAAUCUAGCAUGUUUAAUGCUUUGUUUCGACUCGUGGAACUGGAAAGAGGGAGGAUUAUAAUCGAUGAUUAUGAUGUUUCGAAGUUUGGAUUGACAGACCUUCGAAAAGUUCUUGGAAUCAUCCCUCAAUCACCCGUUCUUUUCUCAGGAAGUGUGAGAUUCAACCUUGAUCCAUUCAAUGAACAUAAUGAUGCUGAUCUCUGGGAAGCUUUAGAAAGGGCGCAUCUAAAAGACGUUAUCAGGAGGAGUUCUUUAGGUCUUGACACUGAGGUCUCAGAGGCAGGGGAGAAUUUCAGUGUUGGACAGAGGCAGCUAUUGAGUCUUGCUCGAGCAUUGCUUCGCAGAUCAAAGAUUCUUGUUCUGGAUGAAGCGACUGCUGCUGUUGAUGUCAGAACCGAUGCUCUUAUUCAGAAGACCAUACGAGAGGAGUUCAAAUCGUGCACGAUGCUCAUUAUUGCUCACCGUUUGAAUACAAUCAUUGAUUGCGACCGCAUUCUUCUGCUUGAUUCUGGUCAGGUCCUAGAGUAUAACACACCAGAAGCACUGCUACUGAAUGAAGAAAGCGCGUUUUACAGGAUGGUCCAGAGUACAGGAGCUGCAAACGCACAGUAUCUACGGGGCUUAGUGCUUAGGGAGGGAGGAGAGAAAUCGGAGAAGGAAAACCAACUCGAUGGCAGAAGGAGAUGGCUUGCCUCGUCUCGUUGGGCUGCUGCUGCACAAUAUGCACUCGCUGUUAGUCUGACUUCAUCGCAGAAUGACCUUUUGCAGUUGGAAAUUGAAGACGAGGUGAAUAUCCUCAGGAAAACAAAGGACGCUGUUGUCACUCUGCAAGGGGUUUUAGAGGGGAAGCACAAUAAAGAAAUUGAAGAGACACUGGAUAACUACCAGUUGUCCAGAGAUAGAUGGUGGUUUUCUUUAUACAGAAUGAUUGAAGGUCUUGCAACAAUGAGUAGGCUGGCUCCAAACAGGAUUCAACACAGUGAAUAUGAAUUCGAGGGCAAAGCAAUUGACUGGGACCGGGCAGAAAUGUAGGAGGGCAAUCCCAUUAUUCAGCACAUCAAAGACUUCGCCUCCUAUAAUGUACCUCGACAUUUCACAUUACAUUAGUCAUUGCAAGUUUAACGACUAGUUCAAACAAUGCUAUUCUGCUUUCAGUACCUAGAUAGAAUUUUUAUGUGCCUCUUGAAAAGUAACUGAAGGGGUGGAGAAUGCAAUCUUUCUGUUAGGUCAAAUUUUGCAGUAUUACAACUACAUCUAAGUUCUUAGGCAUCAAACUAAAGAUAUCGAAAAAAAUCUCAUUUCUUGUUUUCAUUUAUACCAAA